UAUCGACAUGUGAAGGACGAACUCUCUGUAGUUGGUAAGCUGAUCAUGCGUGAACGGCGAAUAGUUAUGCCCAAAGAACUGCGUAAACGCACACUGCAGUUAGCUCAUGAGGGGCAUCAAGGUUUGCGGAAAACUAAGCAGAGAUUGAGAGAGAAAAUCUGGUGGCCUAGGAUUGACAAGGACUGCGAAGAUGUUGUGAAAGCAUGUCAUGGCUGCCAGAGGGCCCAUGGCUAGACUUAGCUGUGGACUUAUGUGGACCAUUCCCGACUGGUGAAUAUCUGAUGGUCGGGGUGGACUAUUACUCGAGGUGGGUAGAAGUCGCUAUCCUAAAGACCACCACGGCAGACAAAAUUGUGGAACACUUGGAACAGUGGUUCUCGGUGUAUGGUGUCCCCAAGACAAUCAAGAGUGACAAUGGGCCACAGUUUGUGUCCAGUGUGUUCAAAGACUUUCUGUCGCAGAAUGGUAUUGGACACAGGAGGACAACGCCAUAUUGGCCACGUGCCAAUGGACAGGUGGAGGUGCAGAACAGGACUCUGUUGAAGUCUAUUCGGGUAGCGUGCGCAGAAGGCAAGAACUGGAGGAGAGAAUUGCCGAAGUUCCUUCUUGCGUAUCGCAGCACUCCACAUAGUGUUACAGGUGCAACUCCUGCUGAGUUGAUGUUUGGCCGGAACAUCCGGACCAAAUUGUCUCAAUCGGUAGAGGACUGUGCAUCCGAGCAAGGUGACAUUGACAGCAAAGCGCGAGUCACCGAUGCUAAGUGCAAACUGCAAUCGAAGCAGUAUGCGGACAAGAAGCGACAUGCUGUUGCAAGUGACCUUGACAUUGGUGAUCGGGUGUUGUUGCGACAGGACAAACAGAACAAGUUGACUACUAGGUAUGAGCAUGACCCCUAUGAAAUUGUUGAGAAAAAGGGGAGUAGUCUAACUCUUGAGGACAAGCAUGGUAAACGUGUGAGAAGGAGUACAGGACAUGUCAAGCGGUUUGUCCAAGGACUUGAGCAUUGUGAGGAUGAUGGUGAAGUGUCUGAGGACAUUGAGGAGGUUCCAGCUGAACUUGGGAUUGGAGUCAAUAGACCUAGGAGGAAUGUGGGUCCUCCAGCGGUUUUGAGAGACUAUGUUCUGUAAAGAGUGACUAUGGGUUGGGUACUCUUCGACUGAGUAUCAGGAUAGUGUGGUGAACGGUGAUAUUGAUGAAUGGUCAUGACAAGUUUAUGGUUUAUAUGUUUGUGGUUAGUGUUCCAGGAUAUCAUUAGAAUGUUAGAUUGGGUUAUUGUGUUAUAAUUGUACCGUUGUAAUUGUCUAAAAAAAGAAGGAGGGAUGUUGGGAUGAGAUAUCCCUAAGUGAGUAGAUUAGUUCUUGUAACUAAGGCCAGGGGGCGCGCGGGAGGCAGACGAUGUGUGAUGGCGGCGUGGAGCCAGUGUUGGAAUAAAGUUGCGUGUGUUUGAA